UCCAAAAUAAAGACAGACAAGACAAACAUGUAAAAGUAGUAACUUCUCUGUGUCCAAGUAUCUAAAUUAUGAGGCUGUUAAACAUGGCAUAAGGAACGUUCUGUUUAACAAAUACGGGUGUUUGAAUGCUUUCACGGCAUUCAGACAUUGCUUACAAAAGAAAACUUUUAAAUCUUUCCUUCAGAAUUUACUUAGUUCGUCUGUCACUUCAGAUUGUGUGUUUGUCUAUUUAUUACAUCUAAAAUGUCUAACGAUUCAGAAAACAAUCGAGCUUUGGAUGCGAUCGCAGUCCCUUCAACUUCGAUAGUUUUUAAAGAGAAAAAUAGUUUAGAACUUCCAAGUGACCAGACCAAACCCAAUUGGAUUGAUAAUCGAGAGUCAAUGGAACUCCGAACAAAUGCUAGUACAGAUGACUUACUUUUUCUUGAAAGUGGAAAUCAGACUCCAGAACAAGUUCAUACAAAUUUAAAUACAAAUAACUCUGGCUCCCUUGAGAAUACUCAGCAAAUAUCGCAACCAACCACUCCUCACACAACCCCUUCAUCUAUACGACGAAAGUCUCGCAAUUCUCUUCGACUUAAUCUUGACGAAAGUACUUGGACAAAGCAAGAAGUUACUGCUAAACCUCCUGCAACUGCAAAACUAAGACAGAAUCUUCAAGCUGGAGCUGCUCGAGUAUCUGCAGUUGUCCAGAAAGGAAAAACUCCUGAAUUUAGGUUUAGGAUGAUUUUAAUAUUUCUGUUUGGAAGCAUAAUAGGGUUAGUAACUUUCACAUGGUACUUAUACCAACGACAAAUGAUGCAAUUAGCUUUUGGAGACAAAAUUAGAUUUCAUGAAACCUUACGUAUCAUCCAUCUUUUAAAAGCUGAUGGACAGGAAAUUCUGAAAGUUGAUGUUGGAAUGCACAUCCCACCUGAAUUAAAGUCUUUUGACUGUCAGUUAUUGUAUCCUACUAAAGGGCCAAAUAUUUGCCAAGAAUGGAAGUAUCGAGCUAGGCUCCAUAUAAAUUACAGUCAUACUGAAGUCAUGAGUUGUUACCAAGUUCAUUGGGAAAGUCUGUCUCCUACUACUACUCUGAGAGAUUGUAUCAGUUUAAAGAAUGCUCAUUGGUAUGGAAUGGGAGAAGUGAAAAAUAUCUCUUGGCCAUUAUCUGGGAUUGCUGAAGAGCCCCAGCCCUUUGUUACUGGUGAUUUAGAGCAAAAUGAUUAUGGUGCUAUCUUAGAAAGAUACUGGUUAUCUUCCGAAGGUGUAGCCAUUAUGGUUGGUCCUGAUAUACCACUGUAUGUGAGCUUAAAUAAAACAAGAAGAGAUCACUUAUGUUUGGAAGCUAAAUUUGAAAACUUUCCAUAUCAUGAUAGUAAUUCUGAUCUUCAUUUAGAUUAUACAAUCUGUACUGGUUCUGAUAUGCGGCAAGUACAUAAAGGUAUGUGGGACAAAGACUUCAGAAGAGCAAAUAUUUCAAUGGAGUUCUUGGAAGUUCCUAUUUGGGCGACUGCUCCAAAACUUGAAUAUUCUCUCACUCAAGAAUCUCUUCAAACUUAUUCAAAUCAUAUUAUGGAUCAUGGAUUUCCAGCUGGCUUUUUAUUGAUUGAUACUAAAUGGCAAGAAGUUGAAGGGGAUCUGUCAUUUAAUCCACAUUUGUUUCCAAAUCCACCAGAAAUUUUAAGUAUAUUGCACAAUAAAGGCUUCAAAGUUUUACUAGCUGUUCAUCCCUAUGUUUGUCUUGGAGCUUCUGUUUUUAAUAAUGCAACAGAUGCACAUUAUUUUGUGUCUGACAAGAAACGUCAAGUGCCUCUGUUGACAAGGUGGAAAAAUGAUGUUUGUGCCAUAGUAGAUGUAACACGAAAUACAUCAGAGCAAUGGUUCUACGAUCGUAUAAUAGAUGUGAAGACCAAUCAUGGGAUAGAUGGCUUUCUUUUUGUUGGAGGUCAGUCAACAUUUCUUCCACCUUAUUAUUAUUUUUAUUCAAUGACUGUGAAUCCAGAUAAUUUCUUGUCACUUUACCUCAAAUUAGCUUCACAAACUAGCAAUUACCUAGGUGUUUCUGUCGGAUUUCAGUCUCAGCAUAUUUCUGCAUUUGUUCGCUUGGCUCCCCGUACUUCAACAUGGGAUGCUUCAACUGGAUUAAAAUCUAUUAUACCAGCUGUCUUAACUCUAGGAUUACUGGGGUAUCCACUUGUGAACCCUGGAUCAGUUGGUGGAGAUGUGUUUGUAUCACCAAAUGCUACUAUGCCAGAUAAAGAGCUGUAUAUUCGAUGGUUGCAGUUAGCAGCAUUUAUGCCCGUUGUCCAAUUAUCUGUACCUCCCGGGGAUUAUGACUUGGAUGUCAUAAAAGCUGCAAAGUUUAUGUUCAAAGUGAGAACUGAGCGAAUUUUACAGCCAAAAUCAAAUUAUGAAUAUAUAAAACGGGUUAUAAAUGAAUAUCAUGAAAGUGGUGCUCCAAUUGUAAGACCGUUAUGGUGGUUGGCUCCUAAAGAUCCAAAUGCUCAGGUGAUUGAUUCUCAAUUUGCUGUUGGCAAUGAUUUAAUUGUUGCACCUGUUUUAGAAGAAGGAAAGCGGUCUAGAGAUGUGUAUCUCCCGCCUGGGCGAUGGCGAGAUGAAUUGUUCAGUACUAGUAGACUGGGGGGUAAAUGGAUCUAUAAUUUUUCAGUUCCCUUAGAUAAAGUGGCUUAUUUUAUAAAAAUCGAAGAUUAAUUUGUUACCUUAUUGUUGCUUGUUGGAAAGUUUUUAUUUUUAGCAUGAUGUUAUUUGUCUUGAAAGAUUUGUCACCAAGAAAAUGAAUAUAUCCUGUGAUUAGUUAGUAAGAACAUAUUUGCCUUUAACUAAAAGGAUAUUAUUGGUAUGAAAAUGACAAUUAUUUGAGCAAAUGUGAGAAAACAAAACUUGAUCCUUUGAAUAUAAAGGAAACAAAUAGAGUGAUAAUUCACUUAGUGUCAUUUUGUCCUGAAUCACAUGUUAUGAAUGAGAAAAUUCAAGGCAAGGAAUGCAAGAAAAUGGUGUAAUGUUUAUAGUAUUAUUGCAGAAAAUAUCUACCAUAUUUCUGCUGGUUAGAACUGGUUUCUAAUAAUCAAAAUAUACUUUAUUAACCUCUUUAAAUGGCUUUACAGAAGAUUUUCUUUUUCAUCAAGUACAUUGUUUCCUUUUUUUUUUAAUGUUAACUAUUUUAUUUAUUGCUGCUGUUAAGAAAGCUAUAAAUGCUUUGUACCCAAGGCUAUGAAAUGCUUAUUCUUCAAUUGUUACAAUAUAAUUUGCAAGAUCUGACUUUAGCAUUUUAAAAUCUAAUAUAGUUUGAAUAAUUACUAUGGGUAAUUGAUGGAAUGAUUUAAUAUUCUUUUGAUGUAUACUGCAUGAAUUUUGAUUUAAAUUUCAAUGUAAAAGGUAUAAUUAUAUAAUGUUCUGCAAUAAGGGUAUGUUUUUAUCUAUUUAGUUUUUAAAAAUAAUAUUACUUAUUGCAUAUUUUUAUUAUAUAUAUGUUUUUACCACUAUUUACCCACAAAGUAUUUACUAACUAUAAUCUCAUUUUUAAAAAAAUUCUUGUUUUUUACCUGUUGAUAAUUUUAUAAAGAGAAAAAAAUCAAA